AUGCCAAGAAGUAUUUGUUCUCGUUUAAGCACAGGCUACACUGCGCUCUUGAACAGAAUGUUCUACAACACUCUUCCUUCAAUUGAAAGACCUUACACCGAAUACGCAGAUUUCCUUCGCACCCUCUCCAUGCGCGUUGGCGCCGGGAAGGAUGAAGCAGCCGAGCGCCUGCCCCUUCCACCGCGCCGGCGACGUUCGCCGAGGGGAGAUGUGGGUCAGGCGGAAGAAAGUGUGCCGGCGGCUGAGCGUCGGCGACGGCGGCGGCGGCGGCGGAACCGGCAGGGGUGGGGGGAGGGCCGGCGAGGCGACGCGAACGGCAUCCGACGCUCCCAGCCUUCAUUCGUUCCCGGGUGGCUGCAGGCGCGCGACCCAAGCAGCCGGUGCAGCGACAGCGACAUCUGCACGAACCGACGCGCGACGAGAGGGAGCUCGCGAGCACCGGAGAUUCGGUUGCUAAUCUUGCUAGCCGGCAACUCCGACAACUCAUCAAGCCUUCAAGUCUUCGAAUAUGCGGUUGAAGAUAUUCAUUCAGAAUUGCCGAGUACAUGUCUGAAUGAGGUCAACAGAGAUCUGGCCAAUGUUCCAUAA